ACGAGAAUGACUUCAUAUGUGACAUUAAGGGGGUAAACACCGAAAAUGCGGUUGUGUUCAUAUUCUUUGAUUCUCACUACAUAAUUCUACUUCAAUAUCCAGUUCAAUUCGAUUAUAUUCUGUUCUGCUCUAUUCUGUUCCGUUCUUUUCGAUUCUAUUCUAUUUGGUUUGAUUGGAUUCGUAAUGAUUUAGCUCUCUUCCUUCCGAGUCAGCACAAAUUCAUCCCAGUCACACUGCAGAAUGGUCAUAUUCAAGAUGUGUAUAUAAUACGAGCAUUCUCUAUACAAAUACCAUCCAGUCCACAAUUACUAUAUAAUCUUCAUUAUAUCAAAGCCAUCACCAUGACUUAUACUAUCUUGUUCUUUGCCACUCGCAAGGCUGGUACAACACCGGAGCAGUUCAGAGAGCAUUACGAAACCAAGCAUAUGCCCCUAUUCAGGGAACUAGCCGGAGAACAUGUCCACCUAAAGCACACGACGCGCUACAUCCAGCGCACUCAAGGCCAUGCCGAGGGAACUACUCGAAAUGCCACCACCCCAGCACAGGUGAUACAGGGCACGCAGGCGGACUUUGACUACGAUGCUAUCGCUGAGAUAACCCACAAGGAUGCCGCCGCUUUCCAGGCUAUGGCGGAGCAUAUACACGCGCCGGAGAGAUGGGCCAAGAUCGUGGAGGACGAAGAGCGAUUCCUCGAUCGCGCUCAAUCGAAGGUUGUUGUUGUAGGCGAGCAUGUUAGCGUCUUUACCAAGGAAUAGAGGUCUAGCUAGAUUCUUGGAUUAUGUUUCUUGGACUGGGUGGGUUACAUGUAUUGGGAUGGUAUAGAAGGGUCUUGAGGUGCUUCUACAGAAUGUUGGCAGGCAAAGGCGGAUGGACUCACGGACUCAUGGACUGAUGGAGAUUAUAGAUGUAUAGGUAUGAGGUUGUUUCUUUUCUCGGUAUUUUCCCAGUAUCCAAAUUGCUCUCUCUGGGGUUGUAGCUAGUUACUAACUACUAACUAUAUCAUAUUAAACUCAUACCGACUAGCUUUCAUUUCACACAUGACCCCGAAGCGCCUACUGUUCUUUCGUGAGAAAUGCCAUGAAGAUAGUAGCCAUGCCUAGGCCUGUCAUAUAAUUCGGCUUAGUUUUCAUAUUGACGGGUUCAGCUCAGUUAUAUCUUCUCGCCGUGGCAAAUAAGAGACGUAUACUGAUAUAUAGUGUUCACGGGACAUGUUUGCCUGCUGCCUAAAUGCGCUUCUUGUUAGUGUGCAUGGCUUAUAACUGAGGUGAACUGGUUAGUAACCCUAAUGAAUUUGCGGGUUCCAAGGUUGGUUCUCUGUGUCAUUACUAUUUCUUUGUUAGUGUUUGGUUAUUAACGAAGUUGGUUAUGAGCAUUCACGUGAAUGUUCUAAGAAGG